CUUGCGUCGUAUCCAGCUUUUGUCAGUAAAAAAAGAUAUUACACGAUUUUCUUAUACAUGGUUUAUCGUGAAAUUUGGUAUUUGCCAUCCUGGGUUUGCAUCUCACUUUAGUUUUUAGGGUCGAAAAUUGAAAAAGGUUGGGGAUGAUCCGUUAUAAGUAGGCAGUAAUUUCCUGCUUACUGCAGUGUUCCAACCAAUGGGGAAGUGCCUUUCUUGUUGUCAGUCUAAUCAAGCAGGAUCAGUACCCGAGAAACACUUGAAGCAUCAAGAGUCCUCUCGGACAGUGGAGUUUUCAGGUGCUAGUGUACCAUCUAACAAUUGUGGUGGGAGCCAAAUUUUAAGAUCCAGCAACAGAGAACUCAGUGCUCCUGUGGUUAGUAGUAAUGGGGAAAUGCAUAUAAGCACCUCUUCCAAGUCUACUCUUGGUUUUGCAGAAAAAUUGAUGUUUCACCCUCGAAUCCCUCCAAUCCGUAGUGGUAGCACAGACAAAAAGAGGUCUAGUCAUUCAGGACGAGAUUACUCAGAAAGCAAGAUUCAUGCUCUUUUUGAUCAAUAUAAAGAUUCACAAGAAGAUGCUAUAUUGUCAGAAGGAAUAGAACGACUAUGUCAAGACCUUGACGUUAAGCCUGAAGAAUUUCGUGUUCUGGUUUUAGCAUGGAAGUUUGGUGCUGAGCAGAUGUGUUGCUUUACACAUGAAGAAUUUGUGAUUGGCUGUAAAGCUCUACAUGUUGACUCAAUUCAAGGAAUACGUUCCAAGUUUCCAGAGAUGUUAGCAGAAGUACAGAAUCCUGAAAAGUUCAAAGAUUUGUAUCGUUUUACAUAUAGAUUUGGUCUCGAGGUGGGACAGCGGAUCCUCCCAGCUGAAAUGGCAAUACAACUGUGGAAACUUAUAUUCUCAAUAAAAGAACCUUCAAUUCUCAAACGAUGGCUUGUCUUCUUAGAAAAACAUCCAAAUAUUCGAGGAAUACCACGUGAUACUUGGAAUAUGUUUCUGAACUUUACAGAAUCUGUUGGAGAUGAUCUCAGCUGCUAUGAUGACACAGAAGCUUGGCCAAGUUUAUUUGAUGACUUUGUAGAGUUUGAAAAUGAUCAAACAAAUCAGAAUGUACUUCAGAAUAAGGAAAUAGAAGAGCUGGAGUAGUAAACAGCUGCUUGUGUCUUUGUUUGGCUUGCAGAUAAAACUUGCAUGCUUCUCUGAGUUAGUGUUGGCCUACCUAUUAAGGGCUUUCCUAUAUUAAAUGUUAUGUGAUAUUUUGACAGUGUCCUAUUGGAAUAUAUAAAUGUUUGGACAAAGGACUAUAAAAUCUGACACAUUUUUAAAAAUAAUUUAUUUUUCUUUUCUAAAUCAGUUGGUUGAUUUGUUGGCUUUUAGAUAUCAGUGUAUUGUACACCUCACUAUAAACUUUAUUAAUCAGCUGACCAUUGUCUGCAUUAACAUGUAUCUGUAAUAUUUUUUGUACGUGUGACUCAUAUUUGUGCAGAUCAUUUUAAAGUAAAAUUUUGACAAAUUCAUACUGACUGUUAUAGUUAUCUGUCAAUAAAAUAUUCAUAUUAUUUAAGGCCACUUCAGUAGAAACACUAAAAAUAUUAGAAACCCUUGCAACAGAUAUGUAACUUUUAACUUAAACUGAUGUCAUUUACAGGUAUGAGGUGUUUUUCUCAUCAUUUAAAUGCAUGUGUGUUUGAUAAUUCGUAUUAAUAGUUCUAUUACAUACAUUAUGAAGUGUAUCACUUGAAUUUACCUUCUUUAUCGUGUACUUUUGAAAGAAAAGCUGGAAAAGUAUAAUUGUUUUUUAAGAAUGAAAGAAUAUUUUGGCCAAACCUAAAAUAACUUGUGAAUAAGGUUCGUGUUGUAAUUAUAAUCAUUCUUGUGGUGUUAAUGGUUUUAUUUUCUGUUUGUAGAGUGGUGAAUGUAGUACUGUUUUUAUGAUGAAGCACAUUGUCUUAAUUUGCAUGUAUAUCUAUAUGCAUGUAUAUAAGUACAAAGUACAUAAAAUUCAGAAAAUGGAAAACAGCUAAAAGGGUGUAUAUAACUGUCUUGUAGUAAAUAAGAGCAACUUUAUCAUAAUAAGAUUUUGAAUAUUGGAGAACAAGGUGUUUGUUUUACUAUAAACAUGUUCACUAUUAGUGUGGAUGAAAGGAAUACAAAGUUUGUCAUUUUGAUUGUAAAUAGUUUGAAACUUUUAGAUUAAAGUAGUAUUUACAAGAAUACUGUUAAACUGAGUAAAUCCUUACAAGCUAAUUUGAUGUGUAUGUGUACCAAAUACUUUUACUGUACUUAUAUUCCAUGAUCAACAAUGCUGCUUAUUUUUUAAUUUGGGUUUUCCUAAAAAAUCUAAAUUCAAACUAUUUUGUCAAAACUAGAUUAUUUGUAGGAAAGAGGAGUUCUGACAUUCCUACUUUUCUCUUUUUUUAUGUUAUUUUUUCUUGUUUUCAGGAAUUUUAUUUUUUUUAAUAAAUUAUGCAUAUUUGUGUCUUUUCGUUUGUAAUGUUUCAGGUUCUUAAUUCUGUGAUUAUUUGGUGUUAAUCAUUCUUAAUAGGUCAUAAUCAUAGUUUUUGCAGUAUUCAGAGAAAACACACAUUUUGAUUUAAAAAAAAAAAACUUUAACAAUGAAGCAGUUUGCAUUCUUAUUUUAAGGCAUUUGCGUGUUUUGCUUUAACCAGAGUUUGGACAUGUACUGUAUACCUACACACUGGAAGUCAGCUUUUAUAGUAUACUCCAUGAAAAAAUAAAUAAAAUGGGGAACAGAAAUAAAGCACAAAUUGUUCAGUUUAUUAUUUCUUUCAGAAUAAUGUGAGAUUAUUUUAAUCAAGAACCUCUUUCAAGGGCACAUUUGUUCAGUGCUAGAAGAAAAAUUACUGAAAUAUUGCUUGGAUUUUACAUUGAAAUUUACUGUGUGUGGCUCUUGGUAGUUGAAAGGGGAAAAAUGCUGAAUUUAUAGGAAAGUACCAACUCGUUUCUUUCACCAGUAGUUCAACAGAAACUUAUUCAUUACAUAUCACUUCAGAAAAUAAAAAAACUUUAGAUUUGAUAAUAAAGAAAACUAAGAGUAUUGAUAUUUAAUAUAUUGUUGAAGGUAAAACACUAUGUUUAAGAAAAUUUUCAAUCAAAGGAAAGUGUAUGAGAACGAAAAACAUAUUUGGCUCGUCAUCAAUAGCAAAUUUAAUUUCUGUAUCUAACAGAGUUUAAUGAAUGGAAGCUGUUAAAGUUUUCUAAUUCAUCUUUUUUGCUUAAAUACAUUCUUCUUAUUUUUGAAUUUUAUGAAUUCUUUUUUAUAAAGGUUAUUGGAAAGCCUUCUGGAAAUGAAUCCAGUCUAAACAGUUUUGCACAUUUAUUUUAAAUAUCAAAUCUUUCUAUUUAAUAUUUUCUAAUAAAACUGUUCAAGAGAUUUUUAUUAAUUAAAUACAAUAUUUAUAUAAAUAUUUAAAUGCAGUGUUUUGACCUUUAUAUUUACUAUAGGUCAUCUUCAGGCAUAAGAAAAUAAUAAAAAUUAAACUUGAUAGGAAAUACAAGAUAAAACAUGAAACAACUCACAUGAAGCAAGAACAAUAACAUUAACCAAGAAUAUUAUUGACCACCUAGAAAUCAGUGGUGGUGGUAAAGACAAAGAAAAAAAGUCAAUUGGAAAAAAGGCAGAAAAAUACAUGAACAGGGGGGAAAAAAAGUCCUAUAUUUUAGGAAUGGUAUAAAAUUACAAAUUUCGAAAUGACCAUUUGACUUUUUUUAUUUUCAUAAACAUGCAUAAGGAUUGGCUUGGCUGUUAUUGAUACUGUUUUUCAAAGUACUUUUUU